ACUUCCUCAACCAUGAUAACCGCCACGUCUUAUCUCUCGAUCCUUCCUCGUUCCACUAUCCCAGAAACCCACCGCCUCAUAACCCCGCUGAGGUUUUCCUCUUCUUACACCUGAUCGGAUCGUCGGUGGUGGCUUUCUAUAUCCCUUUCAUCUGCCUCCGUCUUUUCGAGACAAUCACUCUCCACGCCUCGCCUACGACUUAUCUGUAUCUUCUCCUCCCACCUACCGACUCAUCGAUCUUCAACAUCAGACUCAUCACAGUUGAGACCCAAAACCCUCUCACCACCACCGCCCUAUACGCCGCUGCUCACGAUCGUCUUCACUGACUCACCCCGCUGCUUCUGCUCAGUCUUCAACCUUCUCCAUUUUCAAACCGAGCGAAGCUUCCAUCUUCGUUUCGAGGUCGUCGUCCUACCCUUAUGUCGACUCGGCCUCUUCCUUUCGUUUUAGGGCUUUAGGAAGAGGGCAACGCCCAAUGGUGGUGGUGCGGACCAUCGCAGACAAUACUGAAAGAAAGCAAGGAUUUUUGUCGUUGAUGAGGUAUACCCUCCAAAUUACCCACCCCGGCUCCAUCUGCUACGCUGAUUUCACUCGCAUCUGAAAGAAUCGAUUUUUCAGCUGUUUAUGGGAUUCAGAAAGAAAUUGAUCGACUUUGUUGAUAGUUUGGUUAAUCGAAGAAGAGUGGGUCCAAGUCUCUAUCCCGAUAUUGGCAAAAAAAAAAGUUCUAGAAAGCAGGGGUUAAUGGCAGUUUUUAGUUUGUUAAUCAAGAAAAUAAUGGAGUUGCAUGACAACUUUAUUGCAUAUGUUACAGAUUGCUUCAUGAAUCAUACAUUAUUUCACAAGGCCCUAAAACAGGCAUUUGAGGUUUUUUGUAAUAAAAUUGUGGUUGGUUGUGUGAUUUUACUGUCACAAUAUCCUGAAAAAGGGGGCAGGGAGAAGUUGAGUGAUGAGGCAAUCGAAGAAACUUGGAUAAGACCUAACUGUGACUUCAAAAAGCAAAUAAGUGAAAGGAAAAGGCUCAAUUGCUUGCUACUGUUAUGCCCUUCUCAGCUUAAUUCAUUAAUUUGUGCAGCAAAGUUUCAAUGGUAUUGGGAGAACCCGGGAGUGAAGGAUCAUCAGAAACAUGGAACAAUCCGUCAGCUAUAGAUUUUGCUUUUGAAUGUCUUAAUUUCUUAAGCAACUGGUUGUACUGCAGUCAGAUUCAUACAAAACUGUUGUUGACAGUUGCAACAUGCAUAAAUCAGAGAAGGUCAUUGUCAUCCUUUUCGUCCGUAUUAUAUAAAACUUUAUCAUAGCAUUGUACUUUUGCUUCUUUCUAAUAUAACAUUGUACUUCAUCA